AUGGAUUUGUCUCACAUGUCACAUCGUGCCCGACGUGCUUUUCUUAAGAAGCUAAAAAGAAAGCGUAAACGUCAAAAAUUAGCCAAGGAAAAUAUCGAGAGGGAGAUCGAAGAGCUAAGUCGGCUCCAACUUUCUCCAUCUUAUCAAGCACAACAGGCUAAGGAGUUGGAGUUAGCCGCACUUGAAGCCAAAGAGCGUGAGCGUAAUGAGGAACUUUGGCAAGAACGUGAGAGGGAGGCACAACGUCAGUGGGAAGAAAAUAAUCGUCAAAAAAUCCUCUUAAAGCAACGCGAGGAGGAGACUCAGCGUAAAAUUAAAGCAGAGUGGGAAAGCAAACAAAUGGAAUCCAAGAAAUUUAUUCCUGAGUCAAAAACACAGGAUGUUCAUGAACAGCAGUCUCCAGACCUUCCACCUUGGCAUCUUCCCCACCACCCGUACCUAUCCCUACAGUAA